AUGUGGACACCUGGAUCAUCAGCAUCAAAGAAGCUUGACAAUGUCGUUGAGCAUAACCCUGGGGACCAAAUGCUUAGUGUUGAAUCAUCUUUACUGUCUUCAGACUCUCCGCAGCAGCAGCAAUUUCCACCUCCAGCUGCUGCAUCAAGGCAAUUCAGGCCUGUUACCAUGGAGCUAGGCUGUGGCUCCUCUUUCUCGCAGUCAUUUUCUCCAGCUAAGGCAGGCCUUGCAACUGAAAUUCUUGGGAAUGAGAUCAGUGCAGAAGUCGGGAAAUUAAUUCCAGAUUUCUUGAAGUUAGCAGAGAAAUUGGAGGAAAAAUUGACUGUCCCUAAAGAAGCUCAAGCAAAGAAGCCCAAGCUUUACUCGAGGAGAAGUACAAAGAAUACUGUGGAAUCAAUAGCUGAGAAGAAGGGAAAGCCUCUUGUAGUUUUCAAAGACGAGGUCAAGGGGAAGCAAUUGGCAAGCAAAGAUUGGAAGAGAAAGAAGACUUUGCUGACAAAAGUUGAGAACGAUAAGCCAGUUGGAAUCAGAGGAGCAGAAGAUGAUGAGGGGAAUAAGAAAUGGAACUUAAGGGACAGAAAGGCCAUUCAAUUGCCAAAAACUGCUAUUCUGAAUCCUCGUGCAGGAUCAUCAUCUAAUGCUGUUAGGGUUGCAGGAGAGAGUGGUGAAAGAAACAUGAAGGAAAAACAAGAUGAUAUUUCCACUUUCCCCAAGUUGCCCAAUUUCUCUCUUCAACUUACAACAGAAGAAAUUGCACUGGACAUGCUUGUUAUGACAGGAAAAAUGCCUUCCAGAAAGCCAAAGAAGAGGUUGAAGAGUGUUCAGAGAGACCUUAAUGUAGCAAACAAUUACUCUACCUAA